CUCUUUAUCGUCUUUUUUGUGGGCAUCCAAGUCGGCCCCAUUUUCGAUCGGCAUGGAGCACGCCUCCUGGUCGCCGUGGGUAGUCUGCUGGUUGUCCUCAGCUUAAUGUUGUUGAGUCUCAGCAAGACUUAUUAUCAGAUUAUGCUGACAUACUCUGUGCUCGGUGGCUUGGGCGGCGCCCUUCUCAACUGCCCUGCGUACGGGUCGAUCACACACUUCUUCCACGUGCGCCGUGGACUGGCAACCGGUGUUGCUACCAUUUCCGGCGGCAUUGGCGGUAUCGUGUUCCCCAUCAUGUUGCGAUAUACCCUCCCCUCGAUUGGGUUCCCCUGGAGUUGCCGCAUUCUUGGCUUCAUUAUGCUCGGCCUCGCCGUGCCCGCCAACCUCUUUAUCAAGACUCGUCUGAAGCCCAAGAUCAGCCAAGACAAACCCAAGAUCUCGUCACUUCUUCCCGACUUUUCCGGAUUCCGAGACCUUCGCUAUGCCUUUUCGGCAAUCGGCAUCUUCUUUAUGGAAUGGGGGCUGUUCAUGCCCUUGACGUACAUUGUCUCGUACGCAGCGGCGCAUGGCCAGGACGCAACCGAGAGCUACCUUCUCCUAUCGUACCUCAACGCCGGGUCUGUGUUGGGCCGUGUGCUCCCCGGUCUCUUUGCUGAUCGCAUCGGACGAUUCAACGUGGUCAUCAUCACCAUCUCGCUGUGUGUGAUUCUCGUGUUGGCCAUGUGGCUUCCGGCAGCCAUGUCCAAGUCGGUGCUGAUCGGAUACGCUGUACUCUUUGGAUUUGCCAGCGGAAGCAACCUCGGCCUGGUACCCGUAUGCCUUGGACAGUUGUGCGACGCUCGCCAAUUCGGUCGAUACUACUCGACGGCCAUGAUGGUGGCCAGUUUCGGUACGCUCAGCAGUGUACCCAUCGGCGGCGCCCUGUUGGAGAUGGGCUCUGCUGAGACGGGCUGGCGAGCCGUCAUCAUUUUCUCGGGCCUUUCGUACUUCGUCGCCCUGGCGUGUUAUACGUCCGCCCGCGUUCUCGCUGUCGGCUUCAACCCGCGGGUCAAGUUCUAGCCAUGUGUUGGAUAUUGGAUAUAGAGAAAAAGCAAUUGGAUAGCUAAAGAAUGUUAAUGCGAAAUGAUAAACGGCGCAGAUAGUUCCCUUUUUUGCAAUCGGUGAAAGUGUUGAGAAAGAAGGUAAAGGAGAG